CAAACCCAUCUUCACGUACCAAAGCGUUUUCUCUGGCUAUUCUACUAUAGACAGGUACCCUAUUUGAUUCGAACCUUCGAGCUCUCAUUUUCUCCAUACCUUCUCUACUCACAGGAACACAUUUUGAAGAGCUUUGAAGAUCUCUUCACCUAUUCCAGGUUGUGGUCCUUACGGACACGGAUAGUGAUUUUGAUCGAGAGGUUCCGGAUGCCUCGUCUCUCAUUCCUGUCACCGUCGCAGAAGAGUACUAUGGUCAGGAUGUAGACGACCAUGAUGCAAUUGGGUUAGCGGUGGACGCGGAGGAAGUCCCAGUAAUAGGUUAUGCCUUAGCCCAAUUAGUGAAUGAUGAUGAUGGACCGAGUCUCCUAGGUAAAUCACAGAGUAUUUUACGCAUCAAUCUCAGCUCUAAAUUGACAGUUCCACUCCUAGCUCAAAUCAGAUUGGCUUAUGGCAUUCCUCAUAAUAUAAAAAUGAGGCUACCUAGGAGGGAGGAACGAAUAGGCUGGGAUGUUUCUGAUUGGUGUGGUAUGUAUUUGUAUACCUUUUUUUGAGGCUUCAGGUUUCCUUUUCCACCUUUUGUUUUGUCGAUCUCGCAUUGGUAUCAGAUUGCUCCUAGCCAACUGAUGCCUAUUUCUUGGAGAUUGCUUUUAAGUAUUGAGAGGUUCUCUGAUGUAUUUGAGAUAAGUGUUGACUUAGUAGAAUUUCGUGCUCUGUACACUGUAAAAGAACAUGAUAAAGAAAAGGGGAGGUAUAGUUUUGUAAGUCGAAAUGAGGACCAGUUUUUAAUUUGGAAACCAAAAUCUGCGGACCGGGAUUGGAAAGAAUUUUAUUGUUUCUUCCAUGGAGAAGAAAUGUUCACACCUGGAGCUGAUAGGUUCCCUACUAGUUGGAGGGUGCUAGGUGGUGAAUCAAGGACCGCUCCUGAUUUGUCAUCAUAGAAUAAAUGAAAACUGCGAGAGAUUUUUGCAAUCUCUCAGGAGGAUAAAUGGUGGAAAAAAUUGUUGAACGAGAAAGAUUUGGCUUCAAGUUUUCUUUGGAGCAAAGUCGAGGGGCGGACAGAAGAGGAAGAACGAUUCUAACAGACCAAUACACUAAGAGGAUGUCUUUCAUAAUGCCGUCCUCUUCCAAUAUUUUGGCAAGAGCCAAGAAGGCCACGACUCAAAAAAUUGGUUCCGACGGGCAAUCAUCAAUUACGGGACCUUCAAGUGCUUUUGCAUCUCCAAAGGGUGUUGUUACUUCGAAAACUUAUGCCAGGGAAGAUCCAAAUAAGAGAUGUAGAGUUGACUUGGGGAGUGACGACGAAGAGGGCACUAUUAUUCCAAGAAAUAUUUGUGUGCACUCGAAUCCUUCUACGAUUGAAAGACAUGUUGAGGCUCUCUUGAGUCCUCUAGAUGAGAGGCGUUUACAUGAGCUUGGAUGCGCUGCAUCUUCUGAUGACUUGGUCUCUUCAAUAUAUCGAGCUCUUUCCGAUGCAAUUUUUAUUCGUCGAGAUCGCAAACAACUUGACAAGGAGAACACCGUCCUUAAGAAGUCUAACAAAGUGCUUCAGGAGGAAAACAAGAAGGUCAUUGAAAAGCUUAACACUUUACAGAAGAAGAUUGAAGAGACUGAUAAAGAGCUUGUAAACGAAAAAGGAGAAAUCAGCUGGUUUGUAUGCUCAGCUAGAUGACAUUGCAUUUAAAGCUAUGUGUAAAGCUCGCCUAGAGUUGUUCACCGAUUUCAAAAAAGGUAGGUCUGCUACAUGGAAGGGAGAUGAGGAGUUAGAAGUUUAUAGGAAAAUGUUUCCUGAUUCAGUUGCCUCUGGUGACGAGGAAUCUACUGCUUCUGAGUUUGACACUGGUGUUCCUGAGGCUGAAGAAGAUGGCAAUCAGGUUGUCGAGUUCGACAAAGGUACCAUUGAAAUUCCGGUUGAUUCUGAGGCGGCUCAUUAGUAUCCUAUUUCUACUUGUUGUAUGUCCAUUUUAUUUGAGCGAUGUCGUGUCUUAUUUAUGAUGGGAACCUUGUCGUUUUUUGGACUUUUCUUUUAUGUGUAAUGCUCUAUGUCGAACUCUUUUGGUGUGGGUUUAUGCUCUUUGGACUGAACUUUCUUGAUGUAGGACUUUGCUCUAUGUAUUGAGCUUUCUUGAUGUGUAUUAGAUCUCUUUGAUGCACAACUUUAUUCUAUAUGUUGAGCUUGUGUAUUGUUGUUUCUUGAUGUAGGAUUAUGAGUAUCAUUCACUAAAUUUUCAUUG